AAUGAAAUUACAAUUGUUAUGCAUUCAUUAUUCAUUAUCGUCACCAAGUUCCUAAAUGUCGGCCACGCACUAUGAUACGAAUGCUUCACCUUUUCUGGAACUGCGUACUCCUUUCACGGACAAGGAGGCAUGGAGGAUGCUAGUUCUGCUUCCGUUGGUUCCAGUGAGGUUGUUUAUUGCGAUCCUAACUUGCUGUCUUGUGGCGCUAAUUAACACUUUGUCGGCUUGGAAUUGGCCUGUUGCUGAGCCCUUGACGGAGCGGCGUCGCGCUUGGGUUCUGUUCAGCAAGGAGUUUCUUAUCGUCGUCUUAUGGAUGCUUGGCUUCCGUGUUAAAGUGAAGGGCCGCGAAAACAUUGCCAAAGCUGAGGCGCUUGGCGCCGUAAUUGUAUUCAACCACGUGAGCUAUGUGGAUGCCCCAGCGAUUAUGUGGCUGCUUGCUCCUUCGGGUGUUGGCAAGUCCAGUGUUGCCAGUAUACCCGUCCUGAAAUACGUAGUGCGGGCAUACCAGGCUGUAUAUUUUCAUGAGGAGAAGCCUCAACGCCUUGCAGUUCGGGUGGCGGCGCCUUCCUACGGCAAACCGGGUGGUUUCCCGAUGUUAUGCAUGGCCCCUGAGGGCACCUGCAGCGAUGGACGAGGGCUCCUCGAGUUUCGGACUGGUGCCUUUGUUCUCGGCCGGCCAGUCUUGCCCGUGUGCCUCAAAUAUACCAUCAAUGGUCAUAACCCUGCAUGGACGCAGGUGUAUUCGGAAUUGUGGCACUUGGUCCGGCUAAUGUGCCAAUGGCGGAACGACCUGGAAAUCACUAUCCUGCCGCCCUACAUUCCAACGGAUAUGGAGCGGAGCAGUCCUAAAGACUAUGCCGCGAAUGUUCGCGCCCUUAUGGCCAGAGCUAUGUGUCAGCCGCUUCUCCCGCAAAGUCACUCCCACUUCUUGGCGCUUAAGAAGCUCAAGGUAUUUGUCGACUGGAGCGGGACGAAAGUUUUGGCACCUCCAGGUGUAAUGGACGUGGACGGCAAGAUCAAUUUCACAAAGCACGGCUUGCUGCAGUAGUUGCCUGGCGUCGGGUUGGUUGCGUUGCCGUCCGCGAGUCAUUGCAGAACAAAUCCUGGUGUAAAACGGGGAAAUCGAAGCGUAUGCACAACUGAUGCGCCUUUCUUUGCUGCCUGAGCUCUCUUAUUUGUGCUUUGAAGGACAUGCCAUACAGGAGUCAGCAGUCUAAAUACAGGGGAACAGUGUCAGUCGUCCGGCGGUUCAGAAGUGCAGUGGAUAUGACGCCUAAGCUAGAUUUCGAGCUCGGUGGCAUCCACCUAAGAGAGAUGCAUUUUGCAAAUUGUCAUUUAAAGGACAGGAGUAUCAAACAUAGCUCCCCAAAAUUCUGAAGCGUUAAGAAGACACAUUUCUCUGCAAAUCUUGUGACAAGUCGCAAUUACAAUUACCGGCAUUCAUGUGGUAGUUCUUGUGACGUCACAGCACGUUACUUGCGGCUCGUGUGAAACUGCAUUUUGGAGAUUUUAUUGAGAGUGUGUGUGUGUUACAUUGUCGUGGGGUG